AUGAUACACAGUUUAUUUAUAAUUAAUCCAUCUGGAGAUGUUUUUCUAGAGAAACAUUGGCGCAGUGUUAUACCCAGAUCAGUAUGUGACUAUUAUUUGGAAGCUCAGCGAGCAUCACCAAAUGAUGUUCCUCCAGUGCUUGCUGCUCCUCACCAUUAUUUAAUAUCUAUACAAAGGGGUGGAGUGGCUCUAGUUGCGGUCAGCAAACAAGAAGUUGCACCUCUCUUUGUUAUAGAGUUUCUGCACAGAGUUGUUGACACAUUUCAGGAUUAUUUCUCGGAUUGUACAGAAACUAUUAUAAAAGAAAAUUAUGUUGUUGUUUAUGAGCUGUUGGAUGAGAUGUUGGACAAUGGUUUCCCGUUAGCUACAGAAAGUAAUAUUCUUAAGGAAUUGAUUAAACCACCCAACAUUCUAAGAACGAUUGCCAAUACUGUCACUGGAAAAUCUAAUGUUUCUUCAAUAUUACCAUCUGGUCAGUUGUCAAAUGUGCCGUGGCGUCGUUCGGGCGUGAAAUAUGCUAACAAUGAGGCAUACUUUGAUGUUGUUGAAGAAGUAGAUGCAAUUAUAGACAAAAGCGGUGCCACAGUCUCUGCUGAAAUACAAGGAUAUAUUGAUUGCUGCAUUAAAUUAAGUGGAAUGCCAGAUUUAACACUGACUUUUGUAAAUCCCAGAUUAUUUGAUGAUGUUUCCUUUCAUCCAUGUGUGAGAUUCAAAAGAUGGGAGUCCGAGAGAAUAUUAUCAUUCAUUCCACCUGAUGGCAAUUUCCGAUUGAUGUCGUAUCAUAUUGGAUCACAAAGUGUUGUAGCCAUUCCAAUUUAUGUCCGGCAUAGUCUUACACUAAGGUCUAAUGGAGACCAAGGAAGAUUAGAAAUGACUGUUGGACCAAAGCAAACGAUGGGAAGAACGUUAGAAAAUGUAGCACUUGAAAUUUGUAUGCCAAAAUGCGUAUUAAAUUGCUCUCUGACAGCCAAUCAAGGAAAAUAUUCAUACGAUCCAGUGAGUAAGGUUUUAUUAUGGGAUAUUGGAAAAAUUGAGCUUCCGAAGUUGCCGAAUAUAAGAGGAUCUGUAUCGGUAGCAACAGGAGCUGAUACAUCGGGGGCGAAUCCAAGUAUCAAUAUACAUUUUACAAUUCCGCAAUUAGCGGUAAGUGGACUUAGAGUUAGUCGCCUCGACAUGUAUGGUGCAAAAUACAAACCUUUUAAGGGUGUGAAAUACAUCACCAAAGCGGGCAAGUUUCACGUGAGAAUGUGA